AUGAAAGUAAAGCUGUUACUUCAUCUUAUUUUCCAAGGAUUUCUCCUAUAUGAGACUUUGGCAUGGGAAGUGAGGGUGCCAAAGGAAAUUCAUGGUCUCAAAGGUUCAUGUCUGGUUAUACCAUGUUCCUUCUCCUACACAUCGUAUCCACCCACCAACCCAAACAGAGUUGUGUGGUAUCAGUGGGUCUCUAGUGGUUACCCUUUAGUUUAUGAUCACGAAUAUCCAUCUUAUGUAAUUGACAAGUUCAAAGGAAAAACUGCUUUAUAUGGUAAACCUUCAAAUAGAGACUGCAGUCUUCUCAUUACACAUCUGGAUCAAUCCCACCAUGGAGAGAAAUUAUAUGCAUGGAUUGACCCAGACAGUAUUGGAUGGCGCACAUACAAGUUUUAUGAUGUCACAUCCACGAUUCUUGUGGACGCAAGCCCACAGAAGCCCACCAUCAAUGUUCAUGGAGGCGCAAUGACCGGUGACACCAUAACAGUGACAUGUGAAACCUACCACACCUGUCCGUACAGCAAACCAAACAUCAUUCUGAAGGGUAUAGAAGGAUCUGAUAAAACAGAUCAAACAGAUCAUCCGUAUAUUGGAAAUGGACAAUGGAAAAUCACUCUGACACGCACGGGUGUCGUGAAGGCUGAGCACUCGGAUAUCGAGUGUAUAGUGACACAUUAUGAAGGGAAAACAGCAAGAGCUACAAAAUCACCAAGUGCAAAAUGUAUCCAUACUAAAAUAGCCAUUGAGCCUGACCGUGCAGAUGUCAUAGAGGGCGUUUCAAAGAAGUUCACAUGUACCAUCGACCAUUCCUGCCUGAAGAAUCCUCCAACCAUAUCAUGGAACUAUAAGAACAUGGAGGUCUCAAACAGUAACAAAAAACUUUCAGAGUUCAAAUCAGCCACCUCUUCCACCAUAACCUUUGUUAGUACAAAAGAACACCAUGGAAAGAUGUUGAAAUGCAGUGCAAAUAUUUCGGGGAAACCCAUUGAAUCAUCUGUUACUUUACAUGUACAACAUUCUUCUACAGAUCCUCCAAAACCAGCGAUUCCUGUCCAGAAUCCAAGUAUAUGUGUUGUAUUUGUCUUGAAGCUAUUCACAUACAUUAUAAUGACCAAUAUUGAAGAUUACGAAGAUUAUUACACCAAUAUUGAAGACCUCAACACGUAUGCACUGUUUGAUGAGUCAGGCAGUAUUCGCAAGCCUCAUGGUUCAGGUCCCGCUUCUGCCGAGGCAGUGCGGGGUCUGCAGUCAUGGGGUUCGCAGAUGGAUAUUUUGGAGGGUGAGACGACUUCGGUCCUUUCUCAUCCCUCAAAUCCCAUUGCUUCCGGAAAGGGUUUGGGAGCCCGCAUGGUGGCUUCUCCCGCCCCAUCUGGAAGCUCUAUGCACUGCUCUAGCUCUGAGGAGUGA